UGGACUUGCCUGGUAAUGUAAACUUAGACAUAAAACAGCCAACGUGGAUGCUCUGAGUUUUACUCACUCAUUUCUUCUUUGUACAGCACUGGCCACUACAUCUUUUCCUUCCAGCUGCAAGGGUGACCUGAGCCCAGUUCUGAGGACUCCACAGCCUCUCCCUGCCAUCUGGCCACGUACUUCAGAGACUGUCCCACCCUUCUCUGGCAGAAUGAAUGCCCUCGAUGGUGUCCCCUUCAAGGUGCCCAAGGGCUUUGUGAUGGACACAGAGCCCCACCCAGUGCCUGAGCUCAGUGUCCGGGACUGUAGAGAGCUCUUGCUGGGCACAAUGUAUGACUUCAGCCUGGAAAAGAAGGCUCUCUUCUGGGUGGAAGCAGUCAUCCGAGGAUCUUGCCCCCAUCAAUGCAAUGACCUGGGGAUUGCAUCAGCCCCUCCCGCCUGGUUCUUACUGGUCAGUCCAAAAUACAAUCAGGUGCCUGCACCUGCUGAAAUCAGAGACCCAGAGGCUGGACUGCAAGAAUCUUCUGAGCAGGAGGAGGAGGAGGAAGAAGAAGAAACAGAAGAGAAGGGGGAGGAGGAAGAUGCCUCCUCUGCCAGCGAGGAGGGCAUGGACUCCAGCAGCCCUCAGCCCGGCUCCCCUACAAGUCAUCGUCGCUGCUCCCUGGAUGUGCUGCGAAGCAUGAGGUCUGAGCUGGCCGGCGCCAGGCGGCGGCUCUCGGAGAGUAGGCUAGCCGCGCGUCCUCGAGCCCUCCUGCACCGCUUCCGCGGCCACCGCACGCUGAGCCUGAGCGCCAGCCCAACUCCAGCCCCUGGCCCAGCACCACAGCCCCCCAGCGUCUCCGAGCUGCCCCCACGACCGUCCACCGCUGGCGCCAUGCCUCCAUUGCGGAGCCACAAGCCCACAGUUGCUUCCCUCAGCCCAUACACCUGCUUGCCACCUCUUAGGGAGACACCCCAGCCCCUCGUCUCCUGUAGAAUGCUUCCUGAUUCAGCACCUGACCUGCUGUCUGCCCUGACCAAAGAGGAGCAAGACCUCAUCGGGCCGGUGGUCGCCUUGGGCUAUCCCCUGGGAAGGGCCAUCGUGGCACUGCAGAAGACCGGGAGGCAGAGCCUGAGCCAGUUUCUCGGCUACCUCAGUGCGUGUGAAAGACUGCUGCGGCAGGGCUAUGAUGAGGCGCUGGUGGACGAGGCAAUGGAGAUGUUCCAGUUCUCCGAGCAGCAGGCAGGGGAGUUCCUGCGUCUCUGGCAGCAGUUCAGUGACAUGGGUUUCCAGCAAGACCGGAUCAAGGAAGUGCUGCUGCUGCACGGCAAUCGGCGCGAGCAGGCUCUGGAGGAGCUGGUAGCCUGCGCCCAGUGACCAGCCAGGGCACUGAUGCACGGCUGACAGUGAAGUACCAAACAUGCUGCACUUUUAAUGAUCCCAACUGUAUCAUUAGAAGAAGAUAAUGCUGGUGGUAGUGGCACACACCUUUAGUCCCAGCACUAGGGCUGCAGAGGCAGGCAGAUCUCUGAGUUCAAGGCCAUCCUGGUCUACACAAUGAGUUCCAGUUUAGCCAGCCAGGGUUGCAUAGAGAAACCUUGUCUUAAAAAAACCCCAAACAGUAAUCAUAAUAAAACAAAAUAAACAAAACUUAACAAGACCAAA